CUCAGCCACCUGUGACAAAUUUGAAUGUUUCUGUUGAAAACCUCUGCACGGUCAUCUGGACAUGGGAUCCUCCUGAGGGAGCCAGCCCGAAUUGCACCUUACGGUAUUUUAGUCAUUUUGACAACAAGCAGGAUAAGAAAAUUGCUCCUGAAACUCAUCGUUCAAAAGAAGUGCCCCUGAAUGAGAGGAUUUGUCUGCAAGUGGGGUCCCAGUGCAGCACCAAUGAAAGUGACAAUCCUAGCAUUUUGGUGGAGAAGUGCACCCCGCCCCCGGAAGGUGAUCCCGAGUCUGCUGUGACUGAACUACAAUGCGUUUGGCACAACCUGAGCUACAUGAAGUGUACUUGGCUCCCUGGAAGGAAUACAAGUCCAGACACCAACUAUACUCUCUACUAUUGGCACAGCAGCCUGGGAAAAAUUCUUCAAUGUGAAGACAUCUAUAGGGAAGGUCAACACAUUGGUUGUUCCUUUGCUCUGACUAAUUUGAAGGAUUCCAGUUUUGAACAACACAGUGUCCAAAUAGUGGUCAAGGAUAAUGCAGGAAAAAUUAGACCAUCCUUCAAUAUAGUGCCUUUAACUUCUCAUGUGAAACCUGAUCCCCCACAUAUUAAACGUCUCUUCUUCCAAAAUGGUAACUUGUAUGUGCAAUGGAAGAAUCCACAGAAUUUUUACAGCAGAUGUUUAUCUUAUCAAGUAGAAGUCAAUAACAGCCAAACUGAGACGAAUGAUAUUUUCUACGUAAGUUUUUCCUAGCUAGUUGAUUUUAUUUGGAUAUUUUUCUUUCACUUGAAUUUCUUGUAGGGUAAGAAAUGGAAACAUCAGUGAAAUGUAGCUCUUAGAUUUGUCACCUGAUGAUGAUGAUGAUGAUGGUGAUGAUGAAAUUUCUUGUCUGAAAUAGGGCAUGGUGGAAGGUUUGAUGGUUUAUGGUAGGAGCAUUAGCUGUAAGAUUCAAGCCAUUCAUCAAUUC